CAUCAUAGAUCAGGGCAUGAGUUUAUUGGCGUCGAAAAGAGGGUGUCACAUAUGGCAUCGACGCCUUCGAUGUCUUCCGUGGCGUGAAAUACCAGCAUGUUGGUCCAAGACCGUAACCCGAUACUCCUCGUCUCUUCAGCGGGAUACAAGCCUCAAAAACACCCGAAAUAUCGGUAUCAUUGCUCACAUCGAUGCCGGUAAGACAACAACUACUGAGCGCAUGCUCUAUUACAGUGGCUUCACUCGUCGCAUAGGAGAUGUUGAUGAUGGAUCCACUGUUACGGACUUUCUCCCUGCGGAGCGAGCCAGGGGUAUUACAAUUCAGUCGGCGGCUGUAACAUUUCACUGGCCGCCCUUGGGUGAAGGUACAACCAACAAGACUGAAGGACCAAGGUCUCAGACCCCCCACACCAUAAAUCUUAUCGAUACCCCGGGCCAUGCAGACUUCACGUUCGAAGUCAUCCGGUCGUUAAGAAUUCUCGAUGGGGCGGUGUGUAUACUCGACGGAGUGGCUGGAGUUGAGGCCCAGACCGAAAAGGUUUGGGCUCAGGCGAACAAUUGGAGUAUCCCCAGAAUCGUUUUCGUCAACAAGCUCGACCGGGAUGGUGCUUCCUUCGAGAGAACUACCAAGGAAAUAGGAUCAAGAUUACGAGGUUGGCCAAUCGUUUGUCAAAUCCCUUGGUGGGAGGGCGGAAAGGGGAGGUUUACGGGGGUUGGAGAUGCAGUUAACCUCUGUGCAUUGAAAUGGGCGGAAGGAGGUGAUGGCAAGAGCAUCAAGAGCUUCACACUUCAAGCCCUUGAGCAAGAAGACCCAGGACUGCGAACCGAGCUGAUCAAGGCCCGCGCGGCUCUUGUUGAAGCGCUUUGCGAACACGACGAAGAACUUCUCGAGAAGUGGCUCGAAUGCAAUGACGACAGCCUGGCCAUACCCGCACAAUCCAUCAGGGAUAGCUUACGGCGUUGUAUAAUUGACGGCUCUGGGCGAGUUAUUCCAGUAUUUGCCGGAGCCAGUUUCAGGAAUAUUGGAGUCCAGCCUCUCUUAGAUGCCGUUGAUGAUCUCCUUCCUGACCCUACCGAAAGACCAGACCCGGAAAUCAGUCUUGGGUCUGUCAACGGAUCUCUUUCCGACCUCUUAGAUGGCAAGAUCAGUAUUGUCCCUAGCGGAAACAAGCACUUAGCGAGGAAGUCGGCAACCCCAAAGGCUCUCGCGUCCAAAAUCGAAGGCUGUGCGCUCGCAUUCAAAGUCGUCAACGACGCUCGACGUGGUGUACUUGUCUAUGUCAGGGUCUACUCGGGCAGCAUAAAUAGCAACGCAGCCUUAUGGAAUUCGAAUCUCCACGUCACAGAGAGGGCUCAGAGAUUAUUACAGAUGCAGGCAUCCGAUGCCAUUGAGAUAUCCCAGAUUCCUGCCGGGCAGAUUGGAGUUAUCGCAGGGCUAAAGCACGCCCGCACAGGUGACACCUUGGUAUCCUAUCCUGGAGUCAACCCAAAAGUCGGCCCCCCUCCGCCAUUGAAUGCUCUCCAACUUCGUCCCAUUGAAGUCCCACCACCCGUCUUCUUCGCCGCGGUUGAGCCGCACAGUCUCAGCGAGGAGAAGAACGUGGCAGAUAUCCUUGCUAUCCUACUUAGAGAAGAUCCCAGCUUGCACGUUAACGUUGAUGAGGAAUCUGGGCAGAUGUUAAUCAGCGGGAUGGGUGAGCUUCACCUUGAGAUCGCACGAGAUCGUCUAGUCAAGGAUUUCAAGGCCAAAGCCACGAUGGGGAACAUCGAGAUCAGCUACCGCGAAUGCGUCCUAUCGCACACCUCAACUCACCGCUUCGUCUUCGACCGCGAAGUCGCCGGGAAGAAAGGCAAAGCCGGCUGUGAAGCUAGCAUCGGACCUCUUGACGAGACAGCCACUGCGGUCGAUCACACUGUCCAUCGUGACGGCAAUGCAAUCACGAUCCGCAUCAUCACCCCUUCUCCCUUAGACGACUCCUCAGCAGAAGGCCCUUCCACUCCUCCCGAACUCCCCUUAGACCUCCUCCAGUCCUCCCUGAUCAACGGCGCCGUCGCAGCUCUCGCCCGCGGGCCCCGCCGCAGCUUCCCCCUACACGCCAGCCACGCCACGCUCACCUUCGACACCACACGAGAUUUCUUCGGCCCCGAGACCUCCCCCGCCGCCCUCUCUUCUGCCGCGCGCCUCGCCGUGCAGGCCGCGCUUCAAGAAGCCCUCUCAAAAGACGCCAUCGGCCUCAUGGAACCCGUCAUGAACGUCGUCAUCAGCUGCGACGAAUCCUCGCUCGGCGCCAUCGUCCACGAUCUGUCCUCGGCACGCGGCGGCCACGUGCUCUCCCUCGAGAACGACAGCGCGGAUAAUCAAGGCGACGACGGACGCACCAUCGACCCGAGUCGCAUCUACGCGCCCCCGGACCCAUUCGCGUCGUCGAGCGGGACAUCGCGGUCGGCGGGCCCCGGCCAGCAGAGACAUGUCACGGCGAGAGUGCCGCUCAAGGAGAUGGUGGGCUAUUUGAAGCAUCUGCGCAGUCUUACGGGCGGGCGAGGCACGUUUAUCAUGAGUGUUGACCGAUUCGAGAGGUUGUCGGGCCCGAGGGAGAAGGCGGUGUGAUGGAAUGAAUGUAACGAAAGUUUUGAUCAGGGGACUUGAAUUAAGAGGGUUGACUGAUAUUGUCGGUAGAGUUAGAGAGAGGUAAAUGUAGAUAUAGAGUAUGGACAGUUAGUUGCCUUUAUGUAUCAAUAUUAUAGAUCGAUCGUUGGAUUAUCUCCCCCC